AUGCCUCAGAACAAUUUUAAGAAGCACCUAUCGUGGCUGUUAUCCGAGAAGCCUUUCGUCCCGUCCGCCGCCUCGCUCGUUGCCUAUGACCCCGACGCUCCCACGAGCUCCACGACCCUUUCACAGCCCUGUUCCUUCCUGCUCGAACACGCAGUAAACAAUGAGCCGGGGCCUGAACCAGAGCCUGCCAACGUGCCACCGCCUGUACCACCCGUCAACCGACCGCCUCCACCCCGCACCCUCACCCGGACCAAGACCAUCGACAUACACAAACCCCCUGAGCCGGAGCGCGCCACGGCGGAUAUGGCGAGGUUGCGCGCAACACCAGGCAGCGGCAAACCAAGACUUGUGCUAGCAGGACUACCCCAGAAUGGCUCAACCGAGGCGCCAGCAAGCAGAGACGACUCGUCGUUCGUUACCAGACGAGACGGAAACCCUUCGCGACCCAAGACUCGUACUUUGGUCGCACCAGCAUUCAAAGACGCAGAGAGUAACAAGCAGCGUCGUACCGUCGCCGAAGUUGAGUCGAUUGACCUCACCGGAGACGACGAGAUCCGCUCUUCUCCAGUUCCAGCUGCAACUGCUCGCGGCAAGAAGCGGAAGAGCGACGAAUAUGCAGCGGACCUUCAGCGGACCAAAUCGCCACGACCUACUCCCGCUGCCCCCAAACACAGUCCUGAAACCAUGGUGGACGAGUUUCCCGAUAUCGAUGAUAUCGUCAUGGCUCCAAGUGACCCACCACCUCCGUACUCAACUAUUGUGCACACUCACGCCGUAAUGGACUCCGAAGACGAGGAGUUUGGUGACUUCGACGAUAUGGAAGUCGACACGGGAUCCCGGGUCAGGUGGCCAUCGCCUGGGAACGAGAAAGUGCGCGCAGAGACUCCCAGUACAAGUCCAAGUAAAAAGGAACGAGGCCAAUCUCAGCUGCCGAUUCGUUCUCCAGCCAAAGCGCCACAAAGUCCCGGGUCCCGCGAAGAUAUCAACAUUUCGAUGCCGACACCGAUUCAGUCGCAAUCAUCUAGGAAAGAAAUGCACUCGACAUCGAAACCAACGCCAACACCACUAGCAUCAGUUGCACUGAAGGAGGCUGUGCCGUCCUCUUCCGAGCUCUCCAAAGAGAGGAAAGAUGCCAUCAAGCAAGACAUUGAACUGUUCUUAGCAUCGGAAGGCCGUCGUCUACAAGAUCAUCUCAAUGCGGCGAAUUCGGCCUGGGAGACAGCUCGUGCAGCCUUUUUAAUGCACCUGGAACAGGCCUGCAAGCCAGACGCUUCCGAGCAGGAUAGAAUCCACCGUUCUCGUUCGCGAAAAGAUGCCGUGGAGCAGCUGAUCGCCUUGAAGACCAAGCGCGACAGUCUUGUUGCACAGCGUCAAAACGUCAAGAAAAAACUCGAAUACGACCUAGACAUCGGGCAAUUCGAUGCGGCAGACGGUGAGACCCUCAAUAGACUUUACAAGACACUGGAGGAUGUGCAGAUACAGAUGUACUAUCUCUUGGAUACAGCCGGGAUCAAACCGCAAAAGAAGGUCACGGUGAAGUUCGAGACCAUGCGACCAAGCAGUGUGAUGGUGCAGUCCACUCAAGUGAGCCCUGUAGGGAAGAAGUCCAAGGUUGCGCCAGGUCCAGCACUCAGUCACAUGCAGCAGACACAAUACGUCAAACAGACGCAAUUUGGUGCGCAGGAACUGUGGUCGCCGACACAUAGCAUUCGAUUUGCCCAAGGGCAGGUGCCGGGAUCUCCUCCAAUACCGCCUCUGAACCUGGGUUCCCGCACACAGACCGCCCAUCGCAUGGUAGAGAGAUCAACUACAAAUUCCCGAGAACGUCCACAUCGAGUACCUGAGACGCCACAAAGGCAUCGCUCGCCCUUCCGAACGGACGCCACUACUCGCAAGCACGAUGACCUGACCUCUUUCAAUGCUCCAGACGAGUUCGGAGACUUGGACUUCGAAGAGGACGAGAAUCUUUUCAUUAACAAUAUGGGGUCACCUUCGGGCCCGAUAGAAAUACAUGAUGACAAGAUCGACGAGGACUUUUGCGAGGAUGAUGAAGAAGACUUCAUGCACGAAAUAAGCAACAUUGAGAACGAAGGACCUGGUGGCUUCGACUGGAAAGGAGAUAGGGCUACCCAACAAGUCUCAACGAACACACGAGAAGUCUUCCGUGAAACGACAGUUAAUAAGGUCCCGCCUCGAAAUCCACCAGCCUCGCCAAAGAAGGCGCAGCUGGUUAUGCCUGGCAAGAAUCUGCCCGGCAUGAACUUUCCCUGGUCACAGGACCUGCGAAAUACUCUGAUCCAUCGAUUUGGACUACGAGGUUUCCGGCCAGGUCAACUCGAUGCUAUCAACGCAACCCUUGGUGGCGAGCAUUGUUUCGUAUUGAUGCCAACGGGAGGCGGCAAGUCCUUGUGUUAUCAGUUGCCCGCGGUAAUCACAAGUGGUAAGACACAAGGCGUCACUAUCGUCGUUUCGCCACUGCUCAGCUUGAUGGAAGACCAGGUCACGUCUGCCAUGGAGCGCUUCAAUGUGCAGGCGUUUUUGAUCAACGGCGAAUCAACACAGGCGCAAAAAACUCACAUUAUGGAAGGUCUACGAGAGCGAGAUCCUCAGAAAUUCAUGCAGCUCCUCUACGUGACACCUGAGAUGCUUAGCAAGAAUCAAAGGAUGAUCAGCGCUUUCCAGCAACUGCAUUCCCGGCGCCGUCUCGCCAGGAUCGUGAUUGACGAGGCACAUUGUGUCAGCCAAUGGGGCCAUGACUUCCGUCCGGAUUACAAGGCACUUGGGGAUGUUGUUCGACAAUUUCCAGGAGUCCCAGUCAUUGCACUCACAGCGACAGCGACUCAGCUCGUUCGCACAGAUGUGGUCGCGAAUUUAGGUAUCCAAGGAUGCCGCCAGUUCUCCCAGAGCUUCAAUCGGCCCAAUCUCUCCUACGAAGUGCUGCCCAAAUCCAAGAAUAUCAUCAACGACAUUGCGAAGCUGAUCAAAGAGAAGCACGACAAGAAAUCUGGCAUUAUAUAUUGCUUGUCCCGCAAGAGCUGCGAACAGGUCGCCGAAAAGCUUUCAAAUCUCGGCAUCAGUGCAUUCCAUUACCAUGCUGGUAUGGAGCCCGCCGAACGAUCUGCCGUCCAGCGCAAGUGGCAACAUAACGAGUACCACGUUAUUGUUGCAACAAUAGCGUUUGGUAUGGGUAUUGACAAAGCCGACGUGCGUUAUGUGGUCCAUCACACGCUUCCCAAGAGCUUGGAGGGUUACUACCAAGAGACUGGUCGUGCCGGCCGCGAUGGUAAACGAUCAGAUUGCUACUUGUACUACCAGUAUGGCGAUUGCAGGUCGCUGCGUAAGAUGAUUGAUGACGGCGAAGGAAGCUGGGAGCAAAAACAGCGGCUGCACGACAUGUUGCGCAGCGUUAUUCAGUUCUGCGAGAACAAGGCUGAUUGCCGUCGUGCCCAAGUGCUGGGCUACUUCAGCGAAUCGUUCGACCCCUCGAAAUGCAAAUCCACAUGCGACAACUGCCGGUCUGACUCGACGUUUGUGACCAAAGAUUUGACAGAGUAUGCUGCCAUGGCUAUCAAGCUUGUGAGCCAGGUCCAUGAAGGCAAUGUUACAAUGCAUCAGUGCGUUGAUGCAUUUCGAGGCGCAAAGAACGCCAAGAUUGGAAGUUCGGGCCUGAAGGAACAUGGAUGGGGCUUUGGUGAAGAUCUCGAACGCGGUGAUAACGAGCGUAUCUUCCAGCAUCUCCUGGAUGCAGGAGCCCUGAAGGAGAAGAGCAAAACGAACAAGUCCGGCUUCGCAACCAACUAUCUACGCAAGACAUUGAAGAUGCAGGUCAGGUCAUCUCCACGCAAGCCACGCGCUAAAGAGCCAGCUGCAAAGAAGGCAAAAAAGCCACGAACAGACUUUCCUUCUACCAACGUCUCCUCCCCCAUACGUGCGCCCAAACAAAAGAUUCGCCAAUACGCUUACAGCAUGGACGAUAAUGACGAAGACGAGGCGUUUGACGCACCCCGCCAUCCUACUCGCAAAAAGAAAGCUCGCGGGUAUGAAGACGAUGGUUUUGUGGUGGACGACGAUGACCUCGAUGGGGAUUUUCCACCUGUGCGGGUGGCCCGGUCCGUCAAGACAGCGCAGGGGAAGAAGCCAGAGUGCCCGAUGCCGAGUCCAGAAGAAAGGGUAGAACAGUUGGACGACAACCAGUCAUGCACUUAUAUAGACUUCAUGACUGGUGCAAGAAAACUGCGCAAGGAGAUUAUGGUUGCGAAGGAUAUUCGGAACCCGAUUUUCAACGACACCGUGCUUCAAAACAUGGGAUUGGAGUUACCCAAGGACUUGGACGAGAUGCUCUUGCUUCCAGAGAUCAGGCCGGAGAUGGUUGAGCGUUACGGGAAAAGAUUCAUGCCUCUCAUCACGAACUCCAGAAAACUUUACAGGGGCAAUGUCCCCGAGCGCAGGAUUCUACAGUCUAUCGGGCAGACUAAGCACAGCGUCGUGGACGAGGACGAUGACGACGACGAUGGUGAGAUUCUAGACCCCAACCAUCAGAACAUCAUCGACCUGUGUAGCGAGGGUGAGGGAGAGGGAGAGGGAGAGGGAGAGGGAGAGGCUGCUCCCGCAAUCGAAGACACGGAAAGCAAUUACUUCGACUCUGAGGAUGAUGAUGGUGACUUGCAUACUAGUCACCACUUUGCACAACACAUCGAUCCCGAGGUCGAAGCCUUCAAUAAUCGUAUGACCCAGCUUGGUCCUGCAGUACCGAAAUCGACGAAAGUCUCCGGAGCCUCAUCAGCAAGAGUUGGUUCGAGAGCGCCGGCUGCGAAGAAAGGCAAGACUUUUCGCCGCAACGGAUCUGGCAGCUUUGGCGGCAAGUCAUACGGGGGUGUAAAGAAACGAGCAGCCAAGGUAUCUGGUGGUCGCGCUUCUGGUGGCACAGGAACGACCAAGAAGGCCGCCACAGGUAGCCGCAGAGGCGGAGCACCUGGUGGAGGAGAACCUAGCGGAGGAGGGGCGUUGCCGGGUUCCUGGGGCGUUAUCAUGGCGAUGCCCACGUGA